CUUGCUCUAAAGCUAUGGCAUUUGCCUACGUGUUUCCUCGCAAAAUGCCAGAUUCUUCUAAUGUAGAGGUAUUACCCCAGCACCUAGAGGCCCCAGAAGGGAGCAGGGUGGGGCCAGGCACUGCACAAAUACAUGCUGAGUCCCUGCUCCAAAGAGCUUACAAUCUAAGGAGGCCAGCCAGACAAAGGGGGGAGGGGAAACUGAGGCAUUGCAAGGGGAAGUGGUCACGAAGCAGGAAGAAAGCCCAGCUCGGAGCGCUAGCUCGGGGCCCUGCCUGCUGCCUCACAGGGCAGAACUUCCCGUUUGACCCCACUUUGCUCUGAGGCCCCAGGGUUAGCUCCGAGCAGCCCCCUUGAGCAGGGAUCUGCCCGGUGGCACGCACGCCUGAGGCACGCCUUGGUGGCACUUUGCCAGCGGCUUCUGACCCAGCCCCUUCCCGGGGAGCUGGCUGGAGCAGCCGCUGCACAGCUGCCAGCUGAACUCCUCCUGAGUGGGAGGGGGCAAACACCCUGCUUGCCUCGUUAGCCUGCAGUGGCCAGGUCCCAGUCACCUGCUGGAGGCAGCCGGCAGGUGAGAGGGGCUGCUCCACGGCGUUGGAAUCCGCACCCCGCAGGGAAGAUGCUGUCCCGCCGGGGCUGCAAGCUUGAGGUCCUCGUCCUGACUGUGGUGGGGAUCCUCUGCCUCCUCUUCCUUCUCGACACCAACAAGGACGAGCGGGUGAUGAUGGCUGCCACGAGAGUCAGCAGUACCAGCCCCUCCGCCCCCAUGCCCGGCAUCCCCACAAUCCCAUGUCACGUCUCCGAGUGCAAGGAGAACGCCUCGGUGGCCAACAUCUCCGGCUUCGCCAGCCUGCCCGGCCACAUCCGGGACUUCCUUCGCUACAAGCACUGCAAGGAGUUCCCCCAACUGCUGGAUGCCCCUGACAAGUGCGGGGGGGCUGAGGGCUCCCAGGGGGUCUUCCUCCUCCUAGCCAUCAAGUCCUCCCCUGGGAACUAUGAGCGGCGGGAGAUCAUCCGCAAGACCUGGGGAGCAGAGAGGACGUACCAAGGGGUCCGCAUCCGCAGGGUCUUCCUCUCUGGGGAGGCGGGGGACACGCGGGAGGCUUGGAAGCUGAACCGGCUGCUGUGGCUGGAGGCGGAGGAGCACGGGGACGUCCUGCAGUGGGCGUUCCGCGACAGCUUCUUCAACCUGACCCUCAAGCAGGUGCUGUUCCAUGGCUGGCUGGAGGCCCGCUGCCCCGGCGCCCGCUUCCUCUUCAACGGGGACGACGACGUCUUCGCCAACACGGACAACCUGGUGCAUUACCUGCUGGACAUGCGGGACGCCAACGACGGCGACAAGCACCUCUACGUGGGGCAGCUCAUCGUCGACGUGGGGCCCAUCCGCGAGAAGUGGAGCAAGUACUACGUGCCUGAGCAGAUCACCGCCCUCAAGUCCUACCCGCCCUACUGCGGGGGCGGCGGGUUGCUCAUGUCCGGCUUCACGGCCCGCACCAUCUACAAGGAGUCGCUGGGCAUCGAGCUCUUCCCCAUAGACGACGUCUACCUGGGCAUGUGCCUGCAGAAAGCCGGGCUGGCCCCAGCCUCCCACAUGGGCAUCCGGACCGUGGGCGUCAGGGUGCCCUCUGCCAAGCUGGAGUCUUUUGAUCCCUGCUACUACAAGGAGCUGCUGCUGGUGCACCGCUUCGUGCCCUACGAGAUGCUGGUGAUGUGGCGGGCCAUUCACGAGCCGGACCUGCCCUGCGGGAAGAAGCUGCAGGUCUAUCAGGGCGUCUGAGCGGAUCCUGGAAACCGAGGGGAGGGGGCAACCGGGAGGGAUGUAAUGCGAGGUUGAAGGUGCUAGGGCAUCAGCGGGUGAUCCGCCUGUCUAGUUCUUUGCUGCUGUGCCCCGAAUGCUCCAGACCCGUCACCUCUUGCUCUUGAUGCCUAUUCCAGGAAGUCCCGGCUCCAGGGGACGGGACUUCCAGGAAUGCGCCUCAGCAGGACUUACGGCUGACACUGUUGGCUGGUAUGCAUGGGGUGCACAGAGAUGCUGAACAGCUCACUGGCUUCUGGGUCCUGUCCCAACUGGUUUGGCCCGUUGGCCGUUCCUGGGAUGUCAGGGGCUUUUCCCCUCCCUUCCCCAUGGCUGCAAUAGGCAUUUCGAGCUGAUGCAGGGAUCCCUUUGCAGCGAUGCCCUUGGGGCAGCUACCUCCAAGAAAGCAAGUGCCAGAAGGCCGCCAGACCGGGGUCUCUGUGGCGUGGAGGGGAGAAUUUCUGCCUCCUUGACUAAUGGGCAUGUUGCCACCUGGGUGCCCAAAUCUUGGGGCAGGAUGUCACUGGCUUGGCCGAUGUCCGGAUCUCGGCCCAGACGCUAUGUCUCUGGGGCCAAAGGUCCAAACGCUGCAGGAAAUGGGUAGGGUCUCUGGUGUGAUGAGCUUGGCUUGGGUCCCAGCCCCAGCCCCUGUUUUACUGGGGGCGCUAAGAGCAGGAGAUAGGCAUCAUAUGCAUUCCCCGCCCCAGAGCUCUGGGGCCAGAUCUGCCCCGGCGUAACUAGCUGUGGUCCCGUAAUGUCAAUGGAGUCGUGCCUAGCUCUGGGGCUAUGAUGCAGCAGAGAGUACUAGGGGGAUGAGUCUCGUGUUCUCAGCUGGGCCCACAGGGGAUCUCUGGCCUCCGCUCUGGCCAGUCCCUUGCUGCUAACGGUCUGGUUGUUGGAUAUAUUGACUGGCAGGGCUGGUGCUUCCAGCCGCUCAAAACAGCUGAGGGAAGCAGUGCCUGCGAGUCCGUUUGCCCUAUGAACUAGGCUGGCAAGGGGUGAAGGAGGAGAUGAACCAGAUCGAAGGAUUGUGGCGUUGGCCCUCGGGGUAGCUCUGGGGAAGCUGUAGAAAAGCUCAGGAGGGCAUGUGGGGCUGCCUCUCCUCUCUCCCAGCACCUGUCUGUGCAGAUGUUCCAGUGAGAACUUGUUGCAGGACAAAUAUUGGCCUGGCCUGGGGGCUUGGCCCUGCCAGUGAGACGGUGUCCCCGCCCUGAGACACGCCAGGAGACCGGCCGUGCCCAGCGGGCUUCAGGCUACACCAUCUCGCCCCGAGUCAGCGCGGGAGACUCCGGGUAUAAAACUGCAUCUCUGCUGGCAGGGGAGGGAGCAAACGGGGGCCUCUCUGGCUCAGCUGUGUCCUGACUGUACUAAUAGCCCCCCGAUACCGCCCCCUCACUCCUCCCAGGGGCACAGUCCUGCAUGGCACCAAGGGGUGAUUUUCCAAAGAGCUGCUCUGUCCCUGAAGAUCAGGCCUGAAGCACAUUCCCGAGCCCCUUGCAGAACACGCCUGAUACUUACUAACUGCCCUGGGCCCUUUGAAUUCAGGCCUGUGGCUUGGCACGGCCAGACAGGCAUGGGGCCGCGGCAGAAGCCUAACAUACGACCUUGCCCCGCUCUGCCCAAGCGGAGGGCAAACCUGAGAUCUGAAUUGCUGUUAAACUCGACCCACCGGCAAUAUCUGUUGCUCAAUCAAGACAGGUACAAGUGUGCACCACCGAGCCCUGAGGUCUCUCAAACUGCCAGCUGUUCCCCGAGCUCAGGACAAAGGGCUGCUGAAGCUUUAUCAGCUCAUUGUUCUUGAGGAGAUAACAAGCCCAAAGUUUCCUAGGACUCUGGCCUUGGAAAGUGAUGAAGUGAUGAAAGCCGAUGAAGUGAGCUGUAGCUCAUGAAAGCUCAUGCUCAAAUAAAUUGGUUGGUCUCUAAGGUGCCACAAGUCCUCCUUUUCUUUUUGCGAAUACAGACUAACACGGCUGUUACUCUGAAACCUGGCCUUGGUUUGUUUGUUUUAUGUUUAAAACUAGCUCUUCAGCUAUUCCUCUCCCCAGCUCCCCCUUGCUUUACAACGCACCCUCUCUUCUGAACCUAGGACAUCUGUGGUUCAGUUUCUUGUGUAGCCUUGCGCUGGAGUCGGGAACUGCACAGGUUAAAUCUGCUGCUGAGAUAAAACAUCCAUCCCCUCCCCGACCUGCAAUACAAAAACCCAAAGAAAGCAGAAGUCGCAGGAAACUGAAGAUCUGGUUCUAUUUUCAGCACAUGUUCUGGCAAGGGACCAUCUCUCCCCCCUGAUUGUGGCAGAAUUUUCUUGCUGCCCCCUCCCAGGUGCUGUUCGUGGAAUCUCUCCGGGCCCUGCAACCCCGAGGUGGGAGGUGAAGCCACCAGCUCACAGACCUGGGGGUGCAAAGGGCUGACCUUCCCUGACGGCGUGGGCGAGGGUUUGCUAGCUCUGAGGUGCGACGCUGUGGCCUCAGGUCUGCAAAGCGUUGAGUCGUGGGCUUCCAGCUCCCUCCUGCUCCAGCCAAGUCUAGUUCCUCACCAGCGGCUGCAGGAAGCUGGUUCAAUCAGCCGUGUCCUGGGCUGGUGCAGCAUGUGGCUCAUUCUGUUCCCUCUGCCGUUUGGCCUUCAUACACAUUGCGGGGGCUUGGCUGGCCCGUAGUGCAAAGCGUGUGGGUCCCUGCUCCUGUCCCCUCCCGACUGUGACUUCUGCCCCUGCCCCGUGGGGUCUUAACCCAGUGAAAACUGAAGCUUCCCAGUGGGGUGGGUGGUUUUCUUUGCUCUCCCUUCCUCCCGUCCCUCCACUGAGAACUGAGGCCAUGUCCUGAGAAUAAAUGAGUGGUUUUUAUAACCAGCGUCCUGCAGCUUGGCUGACUGCUAGUGGGGGAGAGUUUCCUGGGCGCAAGGUUUCCUGGGCAUAGCUCCAGGCGAUGGGCGGGGGGCGGCCUGGCACUGAUUAUUCUGUCGCAGGUAGGGUUGCCAGGUGUCCAGUUUUCGACCGGAACGCCCAGUCGAAACAGGACCUUGGUGGCUCCGGGCAGUGCUGCUGACCCGGCUGUUAAAAGUCCGGUCGGUGGCGCAGGCAGGCUCCCUACCUGGCUCCAGGUGAGUCCUGGGAAGCUGCUGGCAUCUCCCUCUGGCUCCUAGGCAGAGGAACAGCCAAUGGGAGCUGAGGGGGCGGUGCGAGAGCUGCAGGUUCGCACCUCAACAUAGGAACUGGAGGGAGAUGCCAGGAGCUGCCUGAGGAAAGCGCUGCCCAGAGCCUGUACCCCAACCCCUGUCCCCAUAGCCCAGUUGGCUCUCCGGUAAACUCACUCACCCCCCGGGAUCUGUGCUUCAUCCCCUGGGCGCUUUGUCCAUAGGCCCCCCCGGGAAGUAACGCGCUACCUGGCCAGCCUGGCCCUGCUCGUCCUGGCACUGGCAUGCCGUGAGGGCACUGAGGAGCAGCACGACUCUGGUGAAGCUGUGUGGCUGGGAGUUCAUUCGCCCCAUCGUCACCUCGUGCGGGGGCUCCUGGUGGAAGUUCUACUCCCGGAGCCCCGGGCAGGAGCCAGGCAAAGUCGGCGGUAAGUGGGCGCCGGUUCCUAUUGCGGCUUCACCGGCCCUGCUGCGAACCCUGCUGCCGUGGGCCGUGUGCUCCCUGGGGCGAGGAGGGGACAGCCCCGGCAGGCCAGCCCAUGACUGGUCAUUACAGCGUUUAAGAAGCUAUGGGGCUGGGGCAGGAGGUGUCUCCAAGCUCACGGUGCUUCGGGCAGCUGCCCCCUCUGCAGCCCAGGGGAGUGGUGUUGUGGGAGCCAGAUUUUGGUCCCCAGAUCCUUCCUCUGACCUGGCUCGCGCUGGCCUGGGUAGGUAAAGGUGACGUUGUGCUAACCCUGGUCAGUUUUCCCCACCUGUCCUCCGGCCUGAGCAGAGAAGCCCCACCUGGGGCGGCCGGAAUCUGGUCCCUCUGCCACGCACAGACCCACCUCCUCUCUCGCUCUCUCUCUUUCUCAGCUAAACAGCUCAGGUGGCUCAACUGUGACCGGUUCUCCCCUGGCCCCGAGGCGGCCGAAGGCCCUGGCUCCCCCGAAGGUGCCAGACACCCUGUCCUGGUGGCCGUGCUAGGUUCCCAGGAGAACCCAGGAGCUGCCUUCCUGCCCCGGUGUGUGGAGCGUGACAUUGGCCCAGCAGGCAUGUGCUGCACCCGGGGCUGCACCAGAAAGGAGAUGAUGCCCUUCUGUUAGGAGCCAGGAUUCUCCCCCCACUUCCCGCCCUGCCCAUUAGCCUCUGCUGGCCCUUGCAAGCACCCACUGCUAAAGGGGCUCAGAAGCCAAGCCCCUGGCCUGCCCCAGUGUGACCAGGUUGCCUGUAGGCUGACAAGCCCAAAGCAGCAGCCCCGUCCCAGCCCCGCCACCCAGCUGACAGGGGAGCAGGCCUGCCGGAGGAGCCAGCUCUGAAUGCUGCAGCCGGGGUUCUGGGCAAGCAGCUGAGCCUGGCCAGCCGGUUUGGUUAAUUCCAGGAACAACCAACGCCCCUGAUAAACUGGCGCCGUGGUGAGUCAGGGUGUGUUUCUGAGGGCCCUGCUCAGUGAAGGAGUGGGGGUGUGUCACCGAGUCCCCGGGCGAUGCUCUGGAACUGCUCCCUACGAAGCCAGUCAGGACUCUGGGGAAGUCUCCUCUCUGGGAGCAGCCUGUCUGCAGGACACACAGCUCACCCGGCUUCCACCUUCCUGGGUCUGACCUCGGAGCAUUCAGCAUCCUCUGCCCCUCCGUGUGCUUCCCCCAGCGAGUCCACGCAGGCAGGCUCCUGGGGAAGCCAGAAGGUCCUGCCCCCCAACUCCGCAGCCAGACGUGACUCUCAGCCAGCCAGUAAAACAGAGGUUUAUUAGAUGACAGGAACAUGGUCUAACACAGAGCUUGUAGGUGCAGAGAACAGGACCCCGCAGCUGGGUCCAUGUUGGGCGGCAGUGAGCCAGACAACUACGUCUGCCCUUCACUCCAUGUCUCCAGCCAGCCCCAAACUGAAACUCCCUCCAGCCCCUCCUCCUCUGGGCGUUCCCCUUUCUGGGGCCAGGAGGACACCUGAUUUCUUUGUUCUCCAACCCUUUAGCUCUCACCUUGCAGGGGGGAAGGGCCCAGGCCAUCAGUUGCCAGGAAACAGGGUGUCGGCCAUUCUCUGUGUCCAGACCCCUGCACACACCUGCCCUCUAGGGCUCUGCAAUGAUCAUACACCCUUAUCUCACCACCUAGAUACUUAAGAACUGCCUAGGGGAAACUGAGGCACCCCCACACUGUUCAGAGGAAACAUUAAGAACAGUCCCACUUCGUCACAGGGUGUCCAGGAAGUGCCGGCUGUGAGUGUGUGUGUGUGUGGGGGUCGUUUUCACCCCCCCCCAGUCCGUUCUACACAGUUUGGUGUUGGCUUCUUUAAGCCAUUUAAAGACCCCCCAGGCCUAGCAGAAAGCCAAGAGCUGACAUUUCAGUGCUUGUCAGUCAUCCGAAAUCCUGCUGUCCACCCUCCCACCAUUAAAGUUAGCGCUGGGGUGGGUGUGGGGGGGGUUGUUUGACUUUAUUUUAAGGUUCCAGUUCCCACACUCCUGGGAUUACUCCAGCAGCUCAGCUGCCCCAGGGUGUUUCUCACCCGCCUGCGCGCCGAUGAAAGCUUGGACCUGGGCCACUCAAAGGCUCAGGCGCCAGGAGACAAAUAAGAAGAUGCCAAAAUUAUUAUUAUUUUUUUUUAAAACCACCUGGUAACUUUGGGCGGAGGGGGGGAAGAGGGGGCUGAUUGGCUUUUUGAAGGUGAGGGAGUGGUUUGCCAAGCCCGGUUUGAUUUCAAAUUCCCUUUAACUCCUGCCAAAGGCUGGGUUGUGUGCGUUUCUAGUGACGAAAGCUCUCUGCUUGACCGCAGCAGAAUUCAAUUUUGAUUUCCGUAUAACUGCGA